AGACUGAUGACAACAUGGGGGAUAACCACACUUUCCUGUACUUUGCAUAUGGCAGUAACCUGCUAAAGGAACGUCUUCAGCUCAAGAAUCCCUCUGCGACAGUGCACUGUGUAGCCAGGCUCAAGGACUAUAAACUGGUUUUUGGGAACCACAAAGGCCUUGCUAGUGACCGAUGGCAUGGAGGUGUUGCCACCAUAGAGCACAGCCCUGGAGACGAGGUGUGGGGUGUGGUGUGGAGGAUGAACGUGUCUGAUCUAGAGUCUCUUGACAGUCAGGAGAACGUGACAUUAGGAGCGUACAGUCCUGUGGAGUUAUUGGUGAAGACAAAAGGCCAGGACCUCAACUGUCGCACCUACAUAAUGAACAGCUGUGUGUAUGCUCCACCAUCACCACAGUACCUAAAGGUGAUUGUAAUGGGAGCAGAACAGAACGGCUUGCCAAAAGACUACCAGGAGAAACUUCGAGCAAUCAAGACCAACAUGUAUGAGGGUCCCCUACCCAUGAUGGCUGAACUGGAGCGAGCCAGACGAAGAGCCAAAGAAAAGGUCAACCAUCGUUCUAAUGAUGCCUGAUUAUCCAAUGUAAACCAGGUCCACUUUUUACCUUAGCAAAUACUUUAUUGGUUAUAACACUGUAUUUAAGCAUGUUGUGCCUUAGUUAGCUGCUUCACCUAAUGGUUAACCUUAAUUAUAGGAGCAUAGUUUAUGAUUCUACUAUGCUCCAUUGUCAGCCACAGGUACAAUAGAAUAUUAAUGACUUUGUCGUCUAAUUUGGAUUUAAUGAAAACUUACAAUAUUCCUUAAGAAACAAUAUUACAUUUAUUUAUUUUAUGUAAACAGUUUUACCUUCAUGUGUUAUGGUGAAGAUAUAUUUCAGUACAAAAAGUCCAGAGACUAAGGAAUAAUUCUAUAGUUGGAGAAGUGUUUAAGAAAAUGGGUGGAUGACAGUCUGUCUUCAAACGGAUACAUAUGGAAUUACACAGAAACAUUCGUCUCAUAUUUCACAUUCUUCAUACUCAGUGAGAUAGGUGUUGGUGUUGUGGGAAACAUUGUGCCAGGUGCUGCCUGAGAUUGUGUGUAGAUAUCCGACUGUGUUACCAGGAAAGCUGCCUUUCUGACAUUAUAUUGAGAUGUGUUAUUAUCAAAUUAUUUUUGAAGCAUUUGACCACAAUCUUUUCUACCAAAUAUAUUCUAUAUAUAAAAGAAAA